CUGGCAGUCAAGAAAUAUACCCCACCAAAGCCCAUCAUUUCCUUUUGGAAAUUUUGGCAAAGUAUUUUUUGGCAAAGCAUCUAUUGGAAUGGCUGUAGAAGAAAUAUAUAAUAAAUUCAAAGGCAAAGGCCCUUACGCAGGCUAUUUCACCUUACUCAGUCCGACAUUAGUUGUAUUAGAUCCAGAAGCAAUAAAAAAUAUUAUGGUUAAAGAUUUUCAAUAUUUCCACAAUCGCGGUGAAUACUAUAAUGAAAAGGAUGAUCCACUAUCCGCGCACUUGUUUUCCAUCGAAGAUGAAAAAUGGAAAAGAUUGCGUAAGAAAUUAUCCCCAACAUUUACAUCAGGUAAAAUGAAGAUGAUGUAUAGCACCAUGAUGGAGAACGUGAAUGAAUUGAAAGAAUAUAUGCAAGAAACAGUUGCUGAAAAAUCUACAUUUGAAAUUAAGGAUGUUUUAGCAAGAUUUACAACAGAUGUUAUAGGAUCAUGUGCAUUAGGAAUACAAUGUAACACAUUAAAAAAUCCGGAUGCUGAAUUCAGAGAAAUUGGCAGAAAAGUUUUUCAGAAUAAUAUUUUCAGCAUAGUGAAGCAAUUAUUUGCUUUUACAUACAAAUCUUUAUCGCGUAGAUUAGGUAUCACCGUAAUAGAUAAAGAGGUUACGAAAUUCUUUUUGGACCGAAUUGAUGAGACCAUACAAUUUCGUGAAAAAAACAAUGUCAAAUGCAAUGACUUUCUACAAUUGCUGAUACAACUCAAAAUUAAGGAGGACAAAUCAGCUCUCACUUUGAAUGAAAUUGCGGCUCAGGCAUUCGUGUUUUAUUUAGGAGGUUUUGAAACGUCUUCGACUACAAUGAGCUUUUGUCUAUACGAGUUAGCUGUUAACCCAGAUAUUCAAAAGAAAUGUAGAGACGAGAUCAAUAGAAUUUUGGAUGAAAACGAUGGCAAAUUGUCUUAUGAUUGCAUUCUUCAAAUGAAUUAUUUGGACAAAGUCAUUUAUGAAACAAUGCGCAAAUACCCUACACUCCCUGUUCUAACACGAGAAUGCAGCAAAGAUUACACCCUCCCCGGAACAACAUUUUGGAUACCCAAAGGCACAUCCGUGUUCAUUCCAGUCAUUGGUCUGCACAAAGAUCCAGAGAUAUAUCCGAAUCCGGAAAAAUUCGAUCCUGAGCGAUUUUCAGAAGAGGCUAAAAAUUCACGUCACCAAUAUACUUAUUUGCCAUUUGGUGAAGGGCCCAGAAUUUGUAUCGGAAUGAGGUUCGGUAUGAUGCAAACGAGAUUGGGACUAAUAACGAUCAUAAGAGAUUAUAACAUUUUACCAAGCAAUGAAACCAAAAUACCUCUUGAAUUGGACACCCGAUCCUUCCUAACAGCUGCUGUGGGUGGUAUAACAUUGAAAUUUGAAUCACUUUGAAAAUAUAUAAGUACAAAAUUAUUGUUAUAUGUAUUGUAUUAUUAGCAUGUAAAA